GGGAACACGGAAACUUGAAUUUGCUCCGUGGCCAGGGACAGGGGCGGGCUUUUGGCCCCAGGUUCCGCGAAGGCCUGUGGGAGCGACCCCGGAGAAGGAGGGCCAAGAUGGCGGAAGCGGAGGAGUCUCCAGGAGACCCGGGGACAGCAUCGCCCAGGCCCCUGUUUGCAGGCCUUUCCGAUAUAUCUAUUUCACAAGACAUCCCUAUAGAAGGAGAAAUCACCAUCCCUGUGAGAUCUCGCAUUCGGGAAUUUGACAGCUCCACGUUAAAUGAAUCUGUUCAGAAUACCAUCAUGCGUGAUCUAAAAGCUGUUGGGAAAAAAUUCAUGCAUGUUUUGUACCCAAGGAGAAGUAAUACUCUCUUGAGAGAUUGGGAUUUGUGGGGCCCUUUGAUUCUUUGUGUGACACUCGCAUUAAUGCUGCAAAGAGGCUCUGCAGAUAGUGAAAAAGAUGGAGGGCCCCAGUUUGCAGAGGUGUUUGUUGUUGUCUGGUUUGGUGCAGUUACCAUUACUGUGAACUCAAAACUUCUUGGAGGAAACAUAUCUUUUUUUCAGAGCCUCUGCGUAUUGGGCUACUGUAUACUUCCCUUGACGGUGGCAAUGCUGAUUUGCCGGCUAGUACUUUUGGCUGAGCCAGGACCAAUAAACUUCAUGGUUCGGCUUUUUGUGGUGACCGCGAUGUUUGCCUGGUCUGUAGUUGCCUCUACAGCUUUUCUUGCCGAUAGCCAGCCUCCAAACCGCAAAGCCCUCGCCAUUUAUCCGGUUUUCCUAUUUUAUUUUGUCAUCAGUUGGAUGAUUCUCACCUUUACUCCUUAGUAAAACAGGAAAUGGGAAUUCAAAAUGAGCAAACUGAAAGGUCAUCUGAAACAUGCAAUCCAACAUGAAGCUUUGCCUCUUGCCCUCUUUUGUUUAAUUUUAGAGGUAUUUGGUAACUGGGUAGAUGAGGAGAUGAAAAGGGAGCCAUAUAGCACUAUUGCCACUUAUGUGAGAAACUGAUGUUUGAAAGGCGGUCCUUUUCCUCUUAAUGUCCUUUCUUUAAAAUACAUGUGCAUACAGCACAUAGUAUAAUGCCUCAGAAAAGCGUGAUGGAGUCACUGUGGUCCAUUUGGGUGAAAACCAAUGACUAGGGAAGCACAUGGAUAUGUCCUAUAAAUUGAAUAGAGUUGGUAACUAUUUUCAGUUUUGAGAAUACCAGUUCAGGUGCAGCUCUUAAUAUUGCCUUAUGACUAUUAGAAUAUGCCUCUCUUUUCAUAAGACAGAAUGGAUGGUCUAUAUCCAUUUUCUUUUGUUUCUCUCAAGCUUAAAAAGGCAAUGACAGAAGUUAAGGGGGAGUUUCAUAGAUGUGGAAUGAGAAAAUAUGCAUUAGCCAACAUCCAGAUUUUGAUCAGAGGAAAUUCUAAACUUAUUGC